UUAAAAGAAUCACCACAAAAAUCACAUUAUCGAACGAAAAUUCCAAGUCCUUAAAAGAAGAAUCAUCACAGAAAAAAAAAACAAUGGCUGACAACAGCAACAAGAUGAGCUUUCAAGCUGGCCAGGCCAAAGGCCAAACCCAGGAGAAAGCAAGCAACAUGAUGGAGAAGGCUUCGAAUGCGGCUCAAUCUGCCAAAGACUCCAUGAAUGAGACGGGGCAACAGAUGAAAGCAAAGGCACAAGGUGCGGUCGAUGCUGUUAAGAAUGCUACGGGCAUGAACAAUUGAGACCCUUCUUUUGUUUUUUUCUUAUUCUGUUUUGUAAUAAUUCGAUAGAUUUUACUAUUGAAAUCACCACAAGAUGUUUUAUUUUCUUUUUCAAUUUUACGGGUCUUAAUUGAUGUGUUGCAGACACUGCGGUUUACGUUUAAUAAUUAUUGGAUAUACGAAAUGA